AAUGAGUUGGGCAGAGAGAGCAGAACCAAUGAUGGAAAAGACAUGCAUCAUCCUGCGGAAAUACCUUAACAAAGUGCCAGCUGCAGUGAUGUCAGAGAUCAAACAGGAAUGGCCAUUUCUCUUCUCUCAGAAAUGCCUAUUCUCGCACUUUAACCUCCUGAUGGACGUUGAUGUCCUUCAGAAACUACAGGAGGAAAUUAGUCGAAGAGGACAGACCAUCCUGGAUUACUGUGCAACACUGGACAACCCAAAGAUCCGUGAUGUUCUGGCCUGCUAUGAUCCAGACUCUGACAAGGCUGCCUGCAUCCUGCUGCUCCUAAUGUUGUACUUCAAAGAGCCGAAAGAGAGUUUGAUGCUUGAAGUUCAUCCAUGUGCCACUGCUGUGGGCGUCAAUACUGCAGAACUCCCCGGAACCCCCUGCUUGAUCAUUCAAGGUGACAUGAUGAAGCCCUCUGGAUGGCUUAUAUCCAUCGAAGGACAUGUCGUGAUGGGCCCACACCCUUUAUUUUUACAUGGAGUAGCUGCUUUCUUCAGCAGCUAUUACGUAUUCAACCUUGAGUAUCCUACCGCUGGAUCUUCGACACUGGAGUUCAUUCAAAGGUGCUUCCUGGGCAUCAAUCCUGAAAGAGGCUCAAAGACCAAGAAGCGGACAACAAUGAACCCUCAUGUGAGCACCCUUUUGAGGAAACUUAUUGACUUUGAGUGGGCAUCAUAGUUUUUUUUUUUUUUUUUUUUUUUUUUGCAGCGGUAGUUGUCAGGCUCAGUUUUGAGUAGCCUUGUUCUUUUUGUAAUUUUUCCAGACAACUUUGCACUACAAUGCUGCUGCAUGUGACUCUUGAAGUACUUGGCAUCUGCUAAACAAAUGAAAAAUAUUUUUUUCUUAAUAAAUAUGCCAUUGGGCUAACGUUGACUUUACCUCAGAGUUGUUUGUUGGGGGGAGGGGGUUAAUUGUACAAUGAUUGUAAAUUCACAGUAAAUGGAAGCUUCAUCUGCAUUACUUUUACAGUAAGUUAUUGGACAAUUUUAGCAUGACUUCCACAGUAUACAUUGUAAAUUCACAGUGAAGUAUUGUCAAUUUGUACAUUAUUUUCACACUACACACUGUAAAAGUACAGGGCCUUAUUGUAAUGAUGUACAGCAAAAGAUUGUAAUUCCCCAGUAAUGUACUGUAAUAUCACAGUAAUUGCUGUGUCAUUGAAGCUGUGAAGUUACAGUAUAAGGUUGUGCUUUUACAACAAUGCAUUGUAAUAUCACAGAUAUAAAAUUACAGUAAAUUGCUGUGACUAUAUUUCACAGUAUAUUGCUGUAAUCCUUACUGUGAAAGUCAUGCAAAAU